UCUGACAUCGCUUGUAUCAUCUGAAAACAACACGUCUACAAUGUUUUUAUUAUUACUCUAUAUUGAGUCAUAAUUCGGAAAACUUGUAGAAAUCGCAUCUAACUAUAGUUAUGGCCAAGUAAUCAGCGAACAAAUUAUUUUGCUAGAGACGUGUUUUAAAGCAAUUGCCACAGCAUCAACUAUAAGCAUAAUGGAGUUCACCCUGGAUAAAAGAUUGCAGGGGUUCCAACUUAUUGCACAAGAAAAAUUGCAGGCUAUAAUUUGUUCGAUACCAGGCAAAAAAGACCUAAUUAUCGAGCAGACACUCAUUAAGCCUUUGGAACAUGUUUGUGCUGCCUCCUGGCUAAAACUAAAAGGUAUACAACGUAUUUUCAAAUUUGAUGCAGAGCAUAUUAUUCCGCGUACAGCUGAACAUCAAGUACUUGUGUACAUAAUACAUAGCAAAUUGCAAAUAUUUCAACAUGUACUGCGGCACAUACACCAAUUAGAACGACAAGAGCCCACCGACAUGGAUGCAGCUGUAAAGAAUUUUCAUAUUAUUUGUGUGCCCAGCUGUUUUAGUCACUUCCACAAUUUGCUAGAAGAAGAAGGACUAUACGGAUUGGUACAGCUACAUCGUUACAAUUGGGAUUUCAUCUGUCUAGACCAAGGUGUGCUCAGCAUGGAAAUCCCAAAUGUAUUCGCCACGCUCUUUUUACGUAAGGACACAUCCUUGUUACCAGCAAUAGCACAAUCGUUACGCCUGUUGCAAGCUGUGUGCGGACGACCUGAAUUAGUGCUCACCUUCGGUGAACAUUCAGCAAAUUUAGUGAAAAUGUUACACAAACUUGGCAAACUUGGUAAUGACAGCAGCAACAAAGAAGUGCCGUCAGAGUUCAGCACUAUGCUCAUUAUUGAUCGUGACAAAGAUUACGCUUCAAGUUUACUUACGCCCGCUAUUUAUGCUGGAUUACUACUAGAAGUGUUUGGUCGUCGUGCAACUGAAAUAGAAUUACAAACGACUUCAAAUAAAAUUUCACUGCAGAAAUUGGCAAUUUUCCAACUACCUCGAAUUGAGCAACAAAAACAAACUGCAAAUCCACCAAUCGACAAGUUGAGGUCUGCCAAACCGCCUAGUAUACGCAUGAACGUGCUAAGCGAUCAAAUAUAUGGCGAAAAUCGUUACAAACACUUUGCACAGGCCAGCAGUCAAGUACGCGCACAAGCGAAAACCAUUGGCUUGGAGGUGCAAAAACUCAACGAUAUGAAGCUUGAUGAGAUGCACGACUAUGUAGCGCGUAAGCUACCCAAAAUUACCGAGUUAAAAACGAAGGUAAUGCACCAUUUAAACGCCAGCGAACAAGUAAUAGAGAUGCUAGGCGGCAACUUUCGACGCAUACAGUCACUUGAGGAAGACAUACUCAACAAUGUGGCGCGCAAACGUAUACUCAGUGAAAUCGAUGAGCUGCUCACAUCCGAUGGCCAAAAAUACAAUACUCUGCGCUUACUUUGCCUCUUACACAUCUGUGCUGGUAUAAGUAGUGAUGAGGUGAUACAAUUUGCGCGAAACUAUUGCAACUACUUUGGGCAAGAGCACCUAGCCGCUUUCCAACAAUUGGCAAUGGCUGGAUUAUUACCGGUUGCUUGGGAGGAGGAGCGAGCAAACACGCCGGCCAAAUUGCUGUCAAAUCUACCAAUACCAAAAUUCCAACAAACCGAAUUUCAAGCAAAUGCUAACCGGCUCAGAUUAAUGGUAUCAUCUGCUGGUGCUGAGCAGUCGCCCGCGAGCUUGGGAGCAGGAAGUAGUAGUGGUAGUGGUACUACAGCGAAUGGAGCUAGCGGCUGCCCUAGUUAUGUGUUCAACAAUCUAUAUAUCCCCAUUACAGCACAACUGUGUUCCUACUUGCUAAAGGCGCAAUCCGCAGAAGAUUUCGCCACAAAAUUGGGUAUGGUAGACAAGUUAACGAUGCACUUAGCAGAUGGCACAGCACUCAAUGCAAAGUCUUACGCCAACUCCGUCAAACUAAACGAUUUAAGGGAUAUCUUCCCGAUGCGUAAGCAAAAUAUCUUUGUUUUCGUACUUGGAGGAGUUACAUAUGCAGAGAUUGGUGCCUGCGAAUUAGUUUCGCGUAUUAAUGGGUCUCAAAUUAUUGUGGCCUCAGACACUAUUAUUACCGGUGGCGAUCUCAUUGCAGGAGCUUUCUGACACAACUCGAAUAUUUCUAAAAAUCUCACUCAAAAGACAAACCACUUACAUUUUAAGUUUAUUUUACAAAUUUGUAUAAAACAUUUACAAUUUUUUUUAUGAUAAUAAAAUUAUACACUUAUUAAAAUAACGUGCACAUUUAAGAAAA